CUCCUGUGACACUGAUGCUUGAUUUUAUUUUAUUUUCAAUCAUCUACGCAAGAACUUCAGGUGUAAAGGUUAUUGGUCAUGAUACAACAGUCAUUUAUGGAGACAAUGCCACUUUGUUGUGUCAGCUGACUGAGACUGAUGAUAGUAUAACUCGUAUUAUAUGGAUGAAAAAGACAAGAGAAAACCCUGAAGAGAAGACCUUCUUUGCCAUUUGGCCAGGUGACAAAACUGAACACCAAAAUGGAUUGGGGGACAGAGUACAAUUCAUUGGAAAAAUUGCAGAGAAAAAUGGAUCAAUUCAGCUGCUCAGAAUGAGGUUUCUAGAUGAAGGGAUCUACACAUGCGUUUUCAACUUAUUUCCUAGUGGGACAUUUGAGACGGACAUCAAUGCCACAGUUUUUGCCCGUCCUGUGGUGAAUGUGAAAGGGGAAGCACCUGCUACUGGUUAUUUGGAGGCCACGUUGGCAUCCUGUUUUGCCUCUAAUGCUUGGCCUGCUCCAGCAGUGACAUGGAGAUUAGGAGAUCUGGAAAACUCCCUGAAAACAGAAACCAACCACACAGUGCACCCCAAUAAUAGGACAAUUACUGUUGUGUCCUACCUACUUGGUGUCCCAUCCAAACAUUUCAACAAAAAGAAUGUCCAGUGUGUGGUGAAGCACAACACCCUAAGAGAAGACCUCGUAAUGAACUACACAAUAAACAUUCAUUAUCCUCCAGAGUCAGUGGUUAUAAUUCCUGACAGUCCAACAAAUGCUAAAGAAUUCAAGUGUAUAGUGGACAGUAACCCAGAACCAACCAUCUACACCUGGACUAGAGUGAAUAAAAGUACUCCAUAUUUUAAAGACAACAAGCUUCCUGUCCCAAAACUGUCCCCUGACUUUAAUGGCUUAUACAUCUGUCAUGCUUCAAACCAGUAUGGAAGCUCUGCAGGUUCUAUGUAUGUGAAUGUUCAUACUGAAUCCAGCACCGUCUGUUGGGGUCUGUUUGGUUCUUUCACCAUUGUUGCUCUUCUCGGUGCUGUUGGUGUUGUGAUACUCAAAACCAAGCCGGAAUGGAUUCAAGUACCAAGGCGUUCCAAUGAUGAAGCACAGCAGCACUCAUCUUGUUCGUUUAUAGAGGAUGCGGAUGAACAGCCGUAA